AUGAAUGGAGCCAUUGUCUCCUUGGCAACGGCGCGGUCCAUUGAUGGCAUUGGAGGAGACGACAAACAGAUGAGCAGAAAAGACAAGAGAAGCGAAGCCUAUGUUUCAGUGCAGUUCUGCAGUGAGGCGCCUGUCUGGCCUUCUGAGAGCUGUGGAAAAUCAGUGUGGAAAAUCUCGAGUAGGCCUCUGUGUGCUACACUGUACCGGUAUAGCACACGAUUGCUUGUAUUUAAUUCCCUCGUGUGUCGUUUUUGUCUCCUCACAGUUUCAGCAGGCAACUGUCUGAAAGAUGGCCAAUUGUACAACGACAAAGACGUAUGGAAACCCGAACCAUGCCAGAUCUGUGUAUGUGACAGCGGAAACAUCCUGUGUGACGAAGUGAUUUGUGAAGACACCACUGACUGCCCCAAUCCAGAGAUCCCCUUCGGUGAAUGCUGCCCGAUCUGCCCUGAUUCCGAGGUGUCUCAGAACCAGCAUACCCAGAAUCGAGAGCACAAGGGAGGGUGCAGGUACCCAUGUAAACAGGGACUUCCUGGUCCUGCUGGCAAUGAUGGCAUCCCCGGCCAACCUGGUCUUCCAGGUCCCCCUGGUCCCCCUGGUCCCCCUGGCCUUGGCGGAAACUUCGCUCCCAAAUGUCUCACGGUUAUGAUGAAGAAAUCCGGGUGCCUGGAAUGUCUGUGCCCAGGCCCAAUGGGUCCAAUGGGUCCCCGUGGUCCUCCCGGUCCUCCUGGUUCAAAUGGUCCCCAAGGUUUCCCAGGCCCUCAUGGUGAGCCAGGCGAGCCCGGUGCUUCUGUAAGUAUCAACUACAAGUAA